GCGGGCUGGCGGGGUGGCGCUGACGUGCCGCAGGAGGACGCCCCAGCCGCGAAGCGGACACCCGGGGCAUUCUAGCGAGAAAGGCGGACCCGGCGAGUUGUUCUCUGAGUGGACGAUCAGUGCUGUUCUUCGCUCAGGUCAUUGCGAGGAGAAGUGGCAUCUUUUGAACGUGCUGCGUCGGUGGUAGAAGGUGGGGUGGUGAUUCAGUCAGUAUCGCAGUGACUUUUAGAGACGUGGUGUGAUCUAGUGACGAAGACGCGCCUGAAGCGGUCGGGAGCGAUGGGGCUAUGUGCACUGUCGCUCGCUUUGUGUCUGCUGGGUCGAGCCUCCGCCCAGAGUGGUACCCUGCCUUCCGAGGACACAACCAACACCAGCUACGCCGCCUGCCAAGGUUCAGAAGCCGGGUUCUGCGUGCGCACCUGCUGUGCAAGAGGAGAAAAUGUAAUAAGCCGAGAAUGCAAGCCCAGUCCGACAGAUUGGGUGCCGAGCUUCCUUAAUCAGUCGACGAAUGCGAGUCUCGAAAUUGUCGGAGGUUUUAUCCAGGAAUGCGAAUUUGGCUCCGAACAGAAAACAUUCAGUUACCACCUCGAACCGAACACAAAGUAUCUGUUAAGUUCGUCUGGAGAGCUAGACGUGCAAACCGCUGAGAAGACCUAUGCGCUGGGUAUGAAUUACUGCUUCUACAACGUGGAGCUGAGCGGUCAGAUUUACGAGUCUGUGCGCAGCUGCGUGAAGAUAUCAGUGCCACAGGUGGCAGAUCUGCCCAGCCUAGACAACGUGACAAAUGUUUCCGUCCGCAAGUGUUGUCCGCCCGGCCAUGCCAUGAAUGUGGGUGGCGGGGGCUCGGGCUUCCUGUGCGUGAAGCACUCCUCGCCCUGGCGGCCUGCGGUGAUUCAUGGCUAUCCGACCCAGCUGGCUCAGCUGCCAGCCGAAAAGACCGACAGUUCGCCUCCAAUUAGCUUUCAGUGCCCCGAUGACACCGUCCGUCAGUAUCUAACAUCGAGUUCCUCGCAGGGUGCAUUCUUCUUGGAGUCCAACAGCUAUCUGCUCCUGGAAAGCUACAAUUUGCCUAUCAAACCAGGUUUGUUCUGUCUGGAUGACCUCCGAAGUCCCACAUCAUCACCCCAGCCCAUCGCUGUCGUGUGUCAUCCCAUGGUAGAAGAAAGCACCGCAGAAGAGUUUGAAGCGCAGUGUCCAGGUGAAGUUUGCAUCCAGAAAUGCUGUGCUGCAGGCUUUCAUCUGUUCAACACCACGUGCAUCCCCACACAACUGCAAUGGGAGCCGACGUUCUAUGAGGGCGACGAUCUGUUCAUUGGUGAAGUUGCUCAUACCGUUUUGUAUGGGAAGACCAACUGUGAGGACGGCGAUACCUUCAUAUUUAGCGAGAGAUUGGGCGAGCUCGACGCUCCGUAUGUACAGACAAACGGAAGGCUGCAUGUGACAGGGCUUAACCUCACAUUUGAGGCGCACCAGUGUUGCCUGGAAUACGAGACCUACUACAACUUGAAGACACAGAGGAAUGACAUCGCUGAAAUCGCUGUUUGUUGUUUUCCACAUGACAAGGAAGCUGGGAUCAUGGCAGCCGUGAACAAUGUUCUCCUUACCCUAUCAGCGAUCUGCCUGUUCGUCAUGCUGGCAAUUUACAUGCUGGUGCCUGAUCUGAGGAACAUCCACGGGAAGUGCUUGAUGUCGCACGCUGCCGCGCUCUUCGUCGCCUUCUUCCUCACCGUCUACAACCAGCUUGCUCGCAUUCCGCUUGGCGACAGCUGCGAAAUUUUAGGUAUGUUGCUGUACUACUCGUUCAUCGCUGCCCUCUUCUGGUUGAACGUGAUGAGCUUCGACAUCUGGUGGACCUUUGC